GGUGACGUCACCAGGCGUUUGCGAUCCAGCUACCGACACAGAUCCAGAGAGCCGCCGGUACCAUGGCUGCCAUAUUGGAGAGGAAGUGAUUCCUGUCCGCUGGAGCAGAGGGGACACACAAUACCGAGAAACCGACGGAGGGGUAGCUUGUGCGAUAAUCCACGACUGUAUAGGGGUGCGGCUCCGUUUGCUUUUGCCAGGGCGGUUCCUGAACAGGAUCUAGUUGGUACUGUGAGUUUCAUCCCAGAACUCGGCGAAGAUGGCGGACCCGGCGGAGUGCACCAUUAAAGUGAUGUGCCGUUUCAGGCCCUUGAACGGUUCAGAAGUGAUGAGAGGGGAUAAAUAUAUCCCGAAAUUUCAAGCGGAGGACAACGUUAUUAUCGGAGGCAAACCGUACAUGUUUGAUCGAGUGUUCCAGUCCAGCACCACGCAGGAGCAAGUGUACAACGCCUGUGCCCAGAAGAUUGUCAAAGAUGUGCUUGAAGGCUAUAACGGAACUAUAUUUGCCUAUGGGCAAACCUCAUCCGGAAAAACACACACCAUGGAGGGUAACCUCCAUGACCCAGACGGAAUGGGAAUCAUCCCAAGAAUAGUCCAAGACAUUUUCAACUACAUUUACUCCAUGGAUGAGAACCUGGAGUUUCAUAUCAAGGUUUCAUAUUUUGAAAUAUACUUGGACAAGAUUCGGGACCUUUUGGAUGUGUCAAAGACUAAUCUCUCGGUACACGAAGACAAAAACAGAGUCCCCUAUGUCAAGGGGUGCACUGAGCGCUUCGUCUGCAGCCCCGAGGAGGUCAUGGACACCAUUGAUGAAGGAAAAUCUAACCGGCACGUGGCCGUGACCAAUAUGAAUGAACACAGCUCCAGAAGUCACAGCAUCUUCCUCAUCAACGUCAAACAGGAGAACACUCAGACAGAGCAGAAGCUGAGCGGGAAGCUCUAUCUGGUGGAUCUGGCCGGCAGUGAGAAGGUCAGCAAAACUGGAGCAGAGGGAGCUGUGCUUGAUGAAGCCAAAAACAUCAACAAGUCUCUGUCAUCUCUCGGUAACGUCAUCUCGGCGCUGGCUGAGGGUUCAAACUACGUUCCAUACAGAGACAGCAAAAUGACCAGAAUCCUUCAGGACUCUCUGGGGGGUAACUGCAGGACCACCAUAGUUAUCUGCUGCUCCCCCUCCUCCUACAAUGAAGCUGAGACCAAGUCCACCCUCAUGUUUGGGCAAAGAGCGAAGACCAUUAAGAACACGGUGUGUGUGAAUGUGGAGCUGACCGCGGAGCAGUGGAAGAAGAAAUAUGAAAGGGAGAAGGAGAGGAACAAGACCCUGCGCAACAACAUCACGUGGCUGGAGAACGAACUCAACCGAUGGAGGAACGGUGAGACUGUGCCAGUGGACGAGCAGUUUGACAAGGAGAAGGCCAAUGCUGAGGUUCUGGCCCUGGACAACGUGGUCAACAACGACAAGCCUGCGUCCACACCCGGAGUUCCCGGGGUCCGACUCACUGAUGCGGAGAAGGAGAAGUGCGAGGCGGAGCUUGCUAAGCUCUACAAGCAGCUGGACGACAAGGACGAUGAGAUCAAUCAGCAGAGCCAGCUGGCAGAGAAGCUGAAACAGCAGAUGCUGGACCAGGAGGAGCUUCUGGCUUCAUCCCGGCGUGACCACGACAACCUGCAGGCGGAGCUGAACCGGCUGCAGGCGGAGAACGAGGCCUCUAAGGACGAGGUGAAGGAGGUGCUCCAGGCCCUGGAGGAGCUGGCUGUCAACUACGACCAGAAGAGCCAGGAGGUGGAGGACAGGACCAGGGAGUUUGAGCUCCUCAGCGAUGAGCUCAACCAAAAAUCGAGUGUCCUGGCGUCUAUCGACUCCGAGCUUCAGAAGCUGAAGGAGAUGACAAACCACCAGAAGAAGAGGGUUACAGAGAUGAUGUCCUCUCUCCUGAAAGACCUGGCUGAAAUAGGCAUUGCAGUGGGCAGCAAUGACAUCAAGCAACACGAGGGCAGCGGGCUGAUCGAUGAGGAGUUCACGGUGGCGCGCCUCUACAUCAGCAAGAUGAAGUCUGAGGUGAAGACCAUGGUGAAGCGCAGCAAGCAGCUGGAGAGCACCCAGGCCGAGAGCAACAAGAAGAUGGACGAGAACGAGAAGGAGCUGGCCGCCUGCCAGCUGCGCAUCUCCCAGCAUGAGGCCAAGAUCAAGUCCCUGACGGAGUACCUGCAAAACGUGGAGCAGAAGAAGAGACAGCUGGAGGAGUCUGUUGACUCUCUGAAUGAAGAGCUGGUGAAGAUCAGUGCUCAGGAGAAAGUUCACGCUAUGGAGAAGGAAAAUGAGAUUCAGACAGCCAAUGAAGUCAAGGAGGCAGUGGAGAAGCAGAUUCAGGGUCACCGUGAGGCCCAUCACAAGCAGAUCAGCAGCCUGCGGGAUGAGCUGGAUAAGAAAGAGAAACUCAUCACCGAACUGCAGGAUCUGAACCAGAAGAUCAUGCUGGAGCAGGAGAGGCUGCGGGUGGAGCACGAGAAGCUCAAGUCCACCGACCAGGAGAAGAGCCGCAAGCUGCACGAGCUCACGGUGAUGCAGGACCGGAGGGAGCAGGCCAGACAAGACCUGAAGGGGCUGGAGGAGACAGUGGCGAAGGAGCUCCAGACUCUGCACAAUCUUAGGAAGUUGUUUGUUCAAGAUUUGGCCACAAGAGUUAAGAAGAGUGCCGAGAUGGACUCCGAUGACACUGGCGGCAGUGCUGCUCAGAAGCAGAAGAUCUCCUUCCUGGAGAACAAUCUGGAACAGCUCACCAAGGUUCACAAACAGCUGGUGCGUGACAAUGCAGACCUCCGCUGUGAGCUUCCUAAACUGGAGAAGCGUCUCCGCGCCACGGCCGAGAGGGUCAAGGCGCUGGAGUCGGCUCUGAAAGAGGCCAAAGAGAAUGCGGCGCGUGACCGCAAGCGCUACCAGCAGGAGGUGGACCGCAUCAAGGAGGCCGUGAGGGCCAAGAACAUGGCCAGGAGGGGGCACUCCGCCCAGAUCGCCAAGCCCAUCAGGCCAGGCCAGCCCCCAGUGGCCUCCCCCACCCACCCCAACAUCAGCCGCAGCAGCGGAAACAUCUAUCAGAACAGCCAGCCUGCGGCCAUCCGGGGAGGUGGAGGAGUCAAGCAGGACAGGAACUGCUGAAGAUGACAUGAUCGGAGUGGAAGUUGCAGACGGCGAACGGAAAACCUGUCAUUCCAUUACAGUGAACUUUUUCACCAGGGGGACUUUUCAGUAUAUAUAAAUAUAUAAACUAUAUCUGGCCUGUACAGUUCUACCUUGAUCUUUUUUCCCCUUUAUAUAAUUGAUUCCCACAUGAAAUUAAAUCACAGAUGAAACAAAAACACAGUGCAAUCUAGGCAUCCUGCAAACUAACAACGUACGACUUGGUGUAGCUCCGUUAUAUUGCACAGUUUGUCGUCAUUCAUAUCUUGAGAUUAGUCUUCACUGUGCCAAGUUGAAUGUAUGUUACAGGUUAAAAAACAAAAACAAAAAAAAACUAAAAAUUAAAAAGAGGGAAAAAAGAAAAAAAAAAGAAGAGAUAUUAGCAGAAAUGUCCUAGCAUAAUCUAAUGCACACCCCGAUUGUUUUAGGGAUUGUAGAACCAUUUCUCUGAGUAGAUUUGAUAAGCUUGUUUAAAGUUGAGUUGAAUCGAUGAAUCGGAAACACUACUGUCCCAUUGUACAGAUUUGAAAUAGCACUGAACAUUUUUUCUUAAAAGUGGGUGUUUUAGAUUCUGGGCUGAAAGAAAGGCGUCACUGAAAGUGAACAGGAUAAGGUCAUGUGACUACAGCUGGACGGAAGAAGGGAGCUUAGGCAUUAACAACUGUACUUUAUCGCCAGGUCUUUCAGCACAUUAAUGUAAUGUAUGAUAACAAAAAAAUGGUUUAACAGCAUUGUUACUGAACAUAUAUAUAUAUCUGCGUAUGCAAAUGUAUAUGCCUUUGGUAAAUGGAAAUGGAACACUUGCUUGUCCUGCCCAAUAUAUAGCUAGUCCUUUGUCAUCUAGUGUGCUUUUUAAUUUUAAUUUUUAAACGGUUGUGCUCAUGUUAUAUCAUUUUUAGGCCCGCUGGACCAUAACGUAUUGGUUUGUAGAUUAUUUUAUAAUCAAAAUUAUGGGCUUCAUGUGCUUAACACACAUGCUUUCUCUCUGAUACAGUUGUUGAGGUGACAGGACUUUAUUAUUAAUAUUGGUGUUAUGCUACCUGUUGUGAAUUGGGCAUCCCGUAAUGUUUGCAAGGUAUCACUUAGGAUAAUGAUCACUGAUGUAUAGUAAUAGUUUUUAUUCAUUUGCUUGCAGUGUACAUUUGGGGAACGAGAGGAACGGGCGUUUUAUCAAACUUUUAGCAGUUAUCCCCCAUUGGACUUUUAAGACCAAUUGUGACUUUCCCUAUUUUUUUUCGUUUUCUUUUUUUGUUGUAAUACUCAUUUUUUUCUUGGUGCCUAGCUGUGGUUGUCUGUGUUUCGCAUACAUUUAAUUAGCCUGUUGUUUCUUUCAGACUUUUUCUUUUUUCUUUUCUUUUUUCCUUUUGUCAAGUCCGCUUAUUCACUCCGGUGAGGGUUCCACAGUUUGCAACACCAUGCAUCUGUCUCUUAUUGGCUAUUGAGAUUAGCAGGGGCGCGCGAAGAGGACAGCGGUGUAAUUAACAAGUAACUGUUUGUCCUCUGCUUAACGGCGUUCUUCCAUGACGAACACAAUUUGAGUUAUUUAUUAAAAACUGACCAGUCAGGAGACACAGAUUCUGUAUUUUAUGUCAUGCUUUUUGGUUUCAUUUCUGUUUUUUUUUUUUCCCCUCAAAAGAAAGAGAACAUAAAAUUUGUAUCGUGUCUUAAGUUCAGAACCCUCUGCAAAGCCGCGAUUGGGCCUGGUCAGAGUGAAGGGAGACCUAACUUUGUGCGCAAUAUCGCCCCAUAACUGUGAAGGAUAUACAGGGAAAUUAAGGAGGAAGUGGGAUUUGCUUUACGUGCAUCAAACAAAUAAAACUGCUCCCUCAUCUGGAGAAUGCAGAGAUGUUUGAAUAGACUGCCUUGGUGCUCUGACAUAGGGUUCUUCAUUGAGUCUAAUGCACUUUAAAUUGGUCAUCUCCAAAUAAAAAAAUUACUGCACUUACCAUCUGUAUAAAACGGGCAUUCAGAUUCCAGUUCAAAGUGCUCCAAUCCUGGAUUCGGUUUAAAACAAGUUGGUGCGUCUCCACUAGACGUCUCUGAGUUGAGACCUAUGAUGUACAUUAAAUAUUUGUGUGUAAAAAUAGUUAACACAGUUUGCCUUCAUUCUGCUUUUUUGAAUUCGUACAGAGAAGGUUCUUAUCUGUGGCAAAAUACUUGGACAGGACAAUGCUAAGUGUGUACCAAGUUCUCCUGUGUAACACUAGAAUGGUAAAGCCAUUAUGAUGUAUCCUUUUAAAGUGCUUACUGUAGGCUUGUUUGCCCUGGUUUUACUCUAGUAAUUGAGCACAAAUAAAAUAAAAUGUAAAAAAAACCCCCACAAAACCCAAAAACAAUAAUAACCAUUUGUUUGUGGUGAAUAGCUUAAAUUGUGUUUAAUUCUGGAAUAGAAAGCUGCUGAAAUAUGUCGCUGUGUAAUAGCAAACAUCGUUUUUGAUUGACAGUGAUGAUUUUACCAAUGGGAUGAAGGCACUGGGUCAUUGCAGGUGGGCAUUAGGUUUUAGUUGUGUCCUAUACUUUGGAAUUGACUGCAUGCUGUAAAUGUACAAGUGAUUAAAUUAUGAUAAAACAAAUUGACUAAAUACAUCAACUUGUAAUCUUUAAUCACUUUAUGUUCAGUUCCAUCAAUUAUGUUCUGUAGUUUGCACCAUGAUGUCAAAUUAAGGAUGCACACACUAACGGUUUGCUUCCCUAAGUUAGAAUGUUAUGAUUCACAUAUUAAAAUGGACUGCGCUUGUAAAUCAAGAUGGAUGCAUUAUUAUUCGACUACUCUAACAGUGAUGUAAAUGCUAAGAUAUUCCACUUUGUUUUGCCGAUGAACCGGGUGAUUCGUAAAGUACAAUUAAUCGGAGUAAAGGGUGAUUCUGCCAGUAUGAUGCAUUUUGGAGGUUUAUACUUAAUGGAAAAAAAAGUUUGUUGUAAGAAAUCCCUCAAUAAAAGGGAAUUGUGUUAAAGAAAAAACAUAAGAGAGUCACCUGACACGGGUUGAAUUAUGAAAACUGAAAACCAUUUAUUUUCAAAUAACCACUGUGUGUUAAACUUAAAUACAACAAAGUACUUUUAAAGCAAAUUUAGAAUUUGUGUUUUCUUCCCAAUUUUGUUGGUGUCAUUAAAAAAAGUAAAAAAGA